GGCAGUGCUAGGGAUGAGAGGAGGGGGAGACAUGGACAAGGAAAACUAUAUACGUAAGGAGAGCGUGGUCCGGACUCAUUUCUGAAGCCUUGCAAGAUGUUGUGGAAGACGUUGCUUCUGGCCGCCGCCGCCGCCUUCGCCCUCCCUGUUGCCGAGAGCGUCGUGCUGUGCUACUAUGAGUCCUGGGCGAUAUACAGAAUGGGGGAAGGCAAGGUGACUGUGGAUGAUUUGGACCCCUUCGCCUGCACCCACUACCUCUACGCCUUCGCCGGUCUCAACAACGACCACACGAUUAAGGUGGGCGAUCCAUGGGCGGACUUGUGUAACGGAGGAGGGCACUGCGGCUACAAGAAAUUCACGGACAUGAAGGCGCAGAACAAUAACCUACUGACUCUGCUGUCCGUGGGAGGCUGGAGUGUUGGUUCACCUCCAUUCUCACUGAUGACGGCGACGCCAGCCACCAGAGCGGCGUUCAUCACGUCAGCCAUAAACCUUCUCAGGACACACAACUUUGACGGCCUUGAUGUGAGCUGGUUGUAUCCAGCACUCAAUGGCGGGGCGCCCCAGGACAGAGACAACUUCGUGCAUCUACUUCGGGAGCUGGAAGAGGCGAUGACCAGCCACGGUAUGAUGGUGACAGUAUCAGUAGCACCAACGGAGGAGAUCGCCAGCAAAGCCUACGACAUCCCGGGCAUCUCCCAGUACGUGCAUUUCGUCAGUGUGAUGACCUACAACUUCCACGGGCCCUGGGAUCCUUACACCCACCACCACUCCGCCCUGUACCCGUUCAUCGAGGACACUGGCAACAACUUCUACUUCAAUAUGAAUGAAGCAAUCCGGUACUGGCUGAUGAACGGGAUGCCUGCACAAAAGAUGGUGUUAGGGAUGCCUAUGUUUGGCCGCUGCUGGUCGCUAAACACGGUGACAGACACAGGAUACUACGCCCCCGCUUCCGCACCUCCAUCGCCGCCUGGACCCUGGACGCUGCAGUGGGGCUUCAUGUCCUACGCUGAGAUCUGUAAGGCCCAGAAAGAGUACGGCUGGACCAUCGCUAAGGAGGCAGGCUGCAAUGAACCCUACACCUACCACCUUCCCUCCAACAGAAUCUGGUGUUCAUAUGAGGACCGAGACUCUGUGGCUAUCAAGGCUAAGUACGCGGCUGGCGAGGGCCUGGCGGGGCUCAUGGUAUGGUCUAUCAAUGACGACGACGCGCACGGUUUCUGCAGUGGCCGCAAGUUUGAUUUGACAUUGACGCUGCUAGACGCCUUCAACGCCGCCUCCCAGUGACGCAGCAACACACGCAGAGAGUCGAGGAAGCUGGAUGCUCCAACCCAUCACCGCCGCUGACAGUAUAAACAGAAUUGCCCAGCAGACUGGGUUGCCUCGUGUUCAUGUUCAUUGUCAGAGUUGUAUUGUGUCUUAUUACGGAUUACAAGGCUGAAGGUAAUGAGUUCCUCGCUCUGUGAAUUUAAGUAACAAGUACAGUCAUGCUGAGGAGUCCAUUUCAUAAUGUUUUGCUUUCUCCCUUAUCCUUAAAUUUUCUGAUGCGUUCACAAUUUCCUCUUAAAAGUCUGACACGUGAUUGCCUUUUAACCUCUUCAGUACUGGGACUCAUUUUUAUCAUGAGUUUUGGGUACUAUCAAACGAUUUUAUUUAAAUUAGGAAGGCUCUAUGAAGUUCAGAAGAUUAAUGGCCAGAGUCUUCACUGAUUCUGAAGCUGUAUGAAAACGCCAAAUAGUAAGCAGAAUGAAUAUGAAAACGUGUCGCGAUACUGAAGAGGUUAACCUUUAAUUUUCUGAUGCGUUCACAAUUUCCUUAUAAAGUCUAACAAGUCUGAUAGAUGAAGGACUUUAACACUGAGGGAGAUCAAGCUAAACAUCGUGAAAAAUAAUACUCUAAGUUACUCGACUUCUGACCAAGACUGUGGGCACUUACAUUUGUUUCACUAGCUACCUUGCGGCAACCUCCUCUCUCCCAUCCCCAGCAUUCCAUUCCCACGCAUACUGUCGCCCUUGCUUCGUACUCCCACCUGUCAUACUUCAUAAUGUAAAAUGUUUUUCCCUUACGGUAAUAAAAAGACGAAAAAAUUCA